AUAGGUGCAGGUGGGAUCUGGCAACCCUGUCCGUCAGUCAGAGCUGCAGAGAGUUAGCCGCGUUAGCUGCGCUGUAAAACCUCCUUUUGACCACAAACCCGGAUUAGUUUGGGUUUGCGCGCCCGGGAGGACUUUACUGAGUGUCCUGGGUAGAAAGUCGAAAUCAUUUACUGCCCUUUUCUGAGGAGAAUCGGCUCCGAUCCGCCGCUGCAGUGUUACAGCUUUAGUCCGGCUGGCGGUGUGAGUUGUAUAGAUGCCAGAUGAGCUCUGACCCCUGCUUUGUCCACCUUGAGGCCAUGCUCAGUGAUAAGCUGUGAAGCCAUGACUCAGAGGAACAUCGCCGGGGAUAUCCUGCACAGACAAAUCCGGGAGAACAGGGCGCUGGGCUUUCAAAGACAUUACCAUGUGACUGAUCCCUUUAUAAAGCGCCUCGGCCUGGAGGCGGAGCUACAGGGUCACUCGGGGUGUGUGAACUGUCUGGAAUGGAACGAGAGAGGAGACCUGCUGGCCUCUGGCUCUGAUGACCAGCAUGCCAUAGUGUGGGACCCCCUCAGGCACAAGAAGCUCAUUACUAUGCACACGGGCCAUGCAGCUAACAUCUUCUCAGUGAAGUUCCUGCCGCACUCCGGAGAUCGGAUAUUGGUAACCGGAGCUGCAGAUACCAAAGUGCACGUCCACGACCUGACAGCCAAGGAGACCAUCCACAUGUUCUCUGAUCACACUAACCGGGUCAAACGCAUCGCUACCGCUCCCAUGUGGCCAAACACGUUCUGGAGUGCGGCGGAGGACGGCGUCAUCAGGCAGUACGAUCUGAGAGAGAGCAGUAAGCGCUCGGAGGUACUGAUCGAUCUGACCGAGUACUGUGGUCAGCUGGUGGAGGCGAAGUGUCUGGCCGUUAACCCGCGGGACAACAACUACCUGGCGGUGGGAGCGAACGGUCCGUUCGUCCGGCUCUACGACAUCCGAAUGAUCCACAACCACAGGAAAUCUCUGAGUCAGAGCAUGUCUGCUGGAGUGCACACGUUCUGCGAUAAACAGAAACCCAUCCCAGAUGGAGCAGGGCAGUACUAUGUGGCAGGUCACCUGCCAGUGAAACUUCCAGACUAUAAUAACCGGUUGAGGGUGCUGGUGGCCACCUACGUCACCUUCAGUCCAGACGGGACAGAGCUGCUGGUGAACAUGGGCGGAGAGCAGGUGUAUCUGUUUGAUUUGACGUUCAAACAGAGGCCGUACACAUUUCUGCUGCCCAAGAAGUGCCAUCCUUCAUCAGAGGUGCAGAACGGGAAGACCACUAACGGAAUGGCCAAUGGAAUCCAUCUGUCCACCAGCCGCCUCAAACUAGCCAACAGCAAGGCGUCCAGUAGUUCCACUGAGCUGCCCCCUCACCUGGAGCGGAUUAAGCAGCAGGCUAAUGAUGCGUUUGCGCGGCAGCAGUGGACUCAGGCCAUCCAGCUGUACAGCCUGGGCAUCCAUGCAGCUGGACACAACGCCAUGCUGUAUGGCAACCGGGCGGCCGCGUACAUGAAGCGCAAGUGGGAUGGAGAUCAUUAUGACGCUCUGAGGGACUGUCUGAAGGCUCUGUCUCUGAACCCUGGUCAUCUGAAGGCUCAUUUCCGGCUGGCGCGCUGCCUGUUUGAGCUGAAGUAUGUGGCGGAGGCUCUGGAAUGUCUGGAUGAUUUUAAGGGUAAAUUCCCUGAGCAGGCCCACAGCAGCGCCUGCAACGCCCUGGACAAAGACAUUAAAGCGGCUUUAUUCUCCAAAACGGACUCUGCUGACGAGAAGAAAGGAAACAGCUCGAUCCGCUUCCACAACUUCAGCCGGAAAGAGUCCAUCCCUGAGGACGAGAUCAUCCUGAGAGAGCGGAGCUUCGACUAUAAGCAUCGCUAUUGCGGCCACUGCAACACCACCACCGACAUUAAAGAGGCCAACUUCUUUGGGAGUAAAGGCCAGUACAUCGUCAGCGGCUCGGACGACGGCUCUUUCUUUAUCUGGGAGAAGGAAACGACGAACCUGGUGCGGAUCCUGCAGGGAGAUGAGUCCAUAGUGAACUGCCUGCAGCCACACCCCAGCUACUGCUUCCUCGCCACCAGCGGCAUCGACCCCGUGGUGCGGCUCUGGAACCCGAGACCAGAGACGGAGACCGAUAACGGCCGUGUGGUGGAGGAUAUGGAGGGAGCGGCGCAGGCGAAUCAGCGGCGGAUGAACGCGGACCCUCUGGAGGUGAUGCUGCUGAACAUGGGCUACCGCAUCACCGGCCUCAGCAGCCGCGGCCCGGAGGCGUCCGACGACGAGGACAGCACUGAGGGGCAGGUGCAGUGUCGGCCCAGUUAGAACGGACCGCCCUCCAACCCCCAGCGCGAGUGUGUGAGUGUGUCUCUGUGUGUGUGUGUGUGUGUGUGUGUGUGUGUGUGUGUGUGAGGAGGCGAAUGCACCGUAGAUAUUUAAUUUCUUCAGCAGCCUCCUCACAGCCAGCACAGCGCUGAGCUAAGGUUAGUGGCUGCGCGGCGCCCCCUAUGACAGGAAUGGAGAACAGCAGGCUGGUGAGGAGGUUUUUGCCAAUGAAGAUAGGAGCCUGAAACCCACCCCCAACACACUGGACCCCCCCAACAAGGACACAGUACAGUUCUCUUGUCACAUAAAGCAUCUCAACCGGGAGCCUCCUGUCAUCACACUGCAAUGAAUUAUAAUUUGAUGUCAAACGAAAGCAUCUUAAACGUAUGCAGUUUAUUUCUGCUGUCACAUGAAAACACAACUCAUAACUCUCAUUUCAUUUUAUUUGCUUUUUUGCACUAUUUGAAAACAUUUGCCUUAAAGUACAUUUCACGCUAAGUUGACGUAUAGAAACAGUCCAAAAAACUGUCUAACAAUGACAUGCAUUAAAUUAAAGUGACAGAUGUUUCUCCUUCUCCUGAAUACAUUUCAGAGAUCAGAGGUUUUCUUAUUUCUCAGGAUGAGAUGCUGUUGGACUCUUAUUACAUUAUAUUCUAUUAUAGGAAGAUUAUUCAA